AUGCUUGUUCAAUAUCAGCUCAAAACCACUAAUGCACCCAAAGAUGUGAAUUUAAGUUCAAAUGACCAUUCAUUCCAAUUAAAUAGGGUGAACAAGAACAAGUUUACUUCAUAAUUCAUUAUCCAAAAUAAUGAGAUUGUCACAUACUCUUUGGAUGAUAACACUAGAUUCGAGAGGAAAAUUAGCUUCGAGAAGGACUCUUAUGUAAUUAUUAAUGACAGUUUGGAUAAGAUGCAAGUAACACUUGGCUAAAAGCAAGUCACCUUUGCUUUAAAUAAACAAAUCAAUUGGCCUUAUGUUCCUUGUGUUUUAGGGAGUAUCUAAGAACUUGGGAAUUGGAAUCCUUAGGAUGCUUAGAUUAUGAUUUUAAAUGGAAAUACUUGGUAUCUCACGAUAUCUGUGUCUAAGUCAUUUGAAUACAAAUUUGCCAUCACUAAAAUGUUCAGCAAUGAGAUAACUUGGGAACGAACUCACAAUAGAAAUUAUAACAUUUUAACUGCGCCAUAGUCAGUGGAAUUAAAGGCUGAAUGGGAAAGGAAAACGAACGAGAAGUCACUUGGGAAAGUUCCUAGAUUCGUCCACUUUUCAAUCAAUUAUAAGACCAAUUCCUGUAAUGAUUAUUUGGUUGUUGUGGGUAAUACAGAGUAAUUAGGUAAAUGGAAUCCAAAGCGAGGUCGAUUAAUGAAAAGAUACCUCGAUUACAAUUGGAAAUUGGGUAUGAUAAUUUAGGACGAUCAAUUGGAGUAUAAGUUUGUAGUAGUGAGUGGGGACAACUUUAUUUGGGAGGAUGGUUGUAAUAGAGAAUUGGAGGUGGAAGAAAGAACGUAUUGCGAUAUAAGUUAGGAUUUGAGUAUAUUAUGUAGCUGCAUUUUGGAAUUAUCAAUAAAAUAGCAAAACAAACUGGAGAGAAUACAAUACGGAAUGCCCUGUUUGUAGUUAACAAAUGAAUGA